CUAACAGUAUAAUCUCUUAUGUUUCAGACAAUAACAGGAUGCCACAAAAUGAGUACAUUGAACGAUUCGUCAAGCUACACGGGCGCAGACUUGACUAUGAAAUUCGCAAAAGAAAGAAAGAAGCUCGUGAGAAGAAGAAGAACUAUGGCAGAAUUCUAAAAGGUAUCAAAGCUAAACUAUGGUUCCAAGAAAACAAGCGUGAGAAAGUCCAACUUCAGAAGAAGAUCAAAGCUCAUGAAGAGAAACUUCUAAAGAAAAAACAGAAACAUGACACGCCUAAAGAAGGAGCCUUGCCAGCGUACCUCCUGGAUCGUGACGUUGAAAGAAAUGCGAAGGUUUUGUCAAAUAUGAUUAAACAGAAACGGAAGGAGAAAGCUGGUAAAUGGGAUGUGCCUAUUCCUAAGGUAAAAGCGCAAGCUGAUUCCGAGGUUUUUAAAGUCAUCCGCAGUGGUAAAACAAAACGGAAAGCCUGGAAAAGAAUGGUUACCAAAGUUUGUUACGUUGGUGAAGGAUUUACAAGAAAACCUCCCAAAUUUGAAAGGUUUGUCAGGCCAAUGGCUUUGAGAUUCAACAAGGCACAUGUUACGCAUCCUGAGUUAAAAGCUACAUUCCAUCUGCCAAUUAUCAAUGUUAAGAAAAAUCCUAGUUCACCUCUCUUCACUAGUCUUGGAGUAAUAACCAAAGGUACGGUGAUCGAAGUCAACAUCAGCGAGUUAGGUUUAGUAACACAAGGGGGCAAAGUUGUGUGGGCUAAAUAUGCUCAAGUAACCAAUAAUCCAGAGCUUGAUGGUUGUAUCAAUGCUGUACUGCUUGUGUAAAUUAUAAUAAUAAUGAAUGAUGUUUUCAAGUCUA